AUGGCUGCUAUCCCAACUGCUGAAGCUUGCGACUCCAAUGCACUACUUUUGGCAACUGGUGACUUGCGAGUUCUGUACCCCAUUUUCAAGAUAUAUGGCCAGAGCCGAGCAUUCUCAGGCCCCGUUGCCACUCUCAAGGUGUUUGAGGACAAUGUGUUGGUCAGGGAGCUUCUAGAAACCAAAGGCGAAGGGAGAGUUCUUGUUAUUGAUGGAGGGGGAAGCAUGAGGUGUGCUUUGGUUGGAGGGAACCUGGGACAGUUGGCUCAAAAUAUGGGGUGGGCUGGUAUUCUAGUCGAUGGUUGCGUAAGAGAUGUAGAUGAGAUUAAUGGGUGUGAUAUAGGGGUCAGAGCCUUGGGAUCGCAUCCUAUGAAAUCCAACAAAAAGGGUGUUGGUGAGAAGCAUGGUCCGGUACACAUUGGAGGAACCUUGAUUCUUGAUGGGGAAUGGCUAUAUGCAGACAGUGAUGGCAUUCUCAUCUCAAAAUGCGAACUGUCUCUUUGA